AUGGAGGUGUACGCUGAAUCUAGAACUCACUCCCAGCACCAUCCCUGCUCUCUCGUUGCAGCCACAUGGCAGCAGGUGCAGCCACAUGGCAGCAGGUGCAGCCACAUGGCAGCAGGUGCAGCCACAUGGCAGCAGGUGCAGCCACAUGGCAGCAGGUGCAGCCACAUGGCAGCAGGUGCAGCCACAUGGCAGCAGGUGCAGCCACAUGGCAGCAGGUGCAGCCACAUGGCAGCAGGUGCAGCCACAUGGCAGCAGGUGCAGCCACAUGGCAGCAGGUGCAGCCACAUGGCAGCAGGUGCAGCCACAUGGCAGCAGGUGCAGCCACAUGGCAGCAGGUGCAGCCACAUGGCAGCAGGUGCAGCCACAUGGCAGCAGGUGCAGCCACAUGGCAGCAGGUGCAGCCACAUGGCAGCAGGUGCAGCCACAUGCUCAGACCAGCACUGA